GGUACUCAACUUUCAUAACAAACAGCCAGGAGAAUUGAGAUAGUCUCCUCUCACUUGUUAAGGUUUUGCUUCUUCAGGGGAAAACAAAGCAAAACAAUGUCUCUGUCUAUGAGCUUUAUCAUGUUUCUUUCACUUUUUGCCUUUGCUCCACUAUGCUUCUCCCACAAGAACAAUGGUGGUUACCUGUAUCCACAGUUCUAUGACCAUUCAUGCCCAAAAGCCCAAGAGAUUGUAAAGUCAGUUGUCGCAAAGGCUGUUGCAAAAGAGACUCGGAUGGCUGCUUCAUUGCUCAGGCUCCAUUUUCAUGACUGUUUUGUUAAGGGCUGUGAUGGAUCCAUUCUGUUAGACAGCAGUGCCACCAUUAUCAGUGAGAAGAGAUCUAACCCAAACAAGAACUCAAUUAGAGGGUUUAAACUCAUUGAUGAGAUAAAAUCAGCACUGGAAAAGGAAUGCCCAGGAACUGUGUCCUGUGCUGAUAUCAUAGCUAUUGCUGCUAGAGAUUCUACUGUCCUGACUGGUGGUCCUAGCUGGGAAGUACCACUGGGAAGAAGAGAUUCUAGAAGUGCAAGCUUAAGUGGUUCUAAUAAUGACAUUCCUGCACCAAACAGCACAUUCCAGAUUAUCCUUACUAAAUUCAAGCUCCAGGGGCUCAACAUUGUUGAUCUCGUCGCACUCUCCGGGAGCCACACUAUAGGAAAUUCAAGAUGCACCAGCUUCAGGCAGAGGCUCUACAACCAGUCAGGCAAUGGUCAGCCUGAUUACUCAGUUGAUCAAUCAUAUGCUACACAGUUAAGAACCAGGUGCCCAAGAUCUGGUGGUGAUCAGAACCUCUUCUUCUUGGACUCUGUCAGCCCAACAAUGUUUGAUAAUUUCUACUUCAAAAACCUCUUAGUUAACAAGGGUCUGUUAAAUUCUGAUGAAGUGCUCUUUACAAAGAGUAAAAAAUCAAUGGAGUUGGUGAACGAAUACGCUCAGAACAAUGAGCUUUUCUUCAAGCAAUUUGCGAAAUCCAUGGUUAAGAUGGGAAGUAUAUCUCCAUUGACAAGAUCAAGAGGGGAGAUUAGAAAGAGCUGCAGGAGGGUCAACAGUCAUUAAGCAAUAGGUGGAGCCAAGGCAACAGUUAA